GUUAGAGGGGGGGGCUCUGCUCUUUCUAUUGCAGGAAAAGACUUCGGAAGAGCGAGCAAUGGAGGCGGAUGGGCCGAGAGGAGAAAGAGAAAUCUGCCUCUGAGAGAGGGAUAGGAAGGGAUCCCUGAACAGGGGGAUCCCAUUUCCCCACCCACUUCUUUCCGGGAAGCGGAAUCCCCUCCCCCUUAGGUGCUCUGACAAGACGCUGGGGGCUCCAGACGGAGGACUCUUUUUUCUACCAAGUCCAGCCAUUGGAGAGAAAAGUUACCUGCUUAAGCACAAACUGAACUGGCAAGGUCUUGCCCAUCUCAAAAGUUUUACUUCCUUCCAGGGGAGAGGGGGUGUUGACAACUCACACGGGACUCCCCUUCCUCCCUGCAGAGAAGGAACCUACCACGGAGAGACUCUGAUACACCAGUCUGAGCUCAUCUCCAUUGAAACAGAAAAAUACAGAGACGUUGUCCUGGACCCAUUGAGAGGAAACAGAGAAGGCAUUCGGAAUUCUGAGAGGCCACCUGCAAUUUCACUGGGAAUAAUGAAGAGAAUAUGAAAAUGUGUGUAAUAUGCUUCAGCUGGUGUAUGCACUUAGUUAACAUCAAUGUUUCAAGCCGUAGAGAAAACAUUUGAAACUAUGAAGUGCAGAAAGAGCUUGAACUGGAGUGAAACUCCUAAGAAACAUCAACAAACUCGCACAGGAGAGAAGUCAUUUAAAUGUAUGCAGUGUGGAAAGAGCUUCAAUCAGAGAGGAGCCCUUACAAUACAUCAACGAACUCACACAGGGGAGAAACCAUUUAAAUGUUUGGAAUGUGGAAAGAGCUUCAGUCAAAGUGGACACUAUAAAAUACAUCAGCGAACUCACACAGGGGAGAAACCAUUUAAAUGUUGGGAGUGUGGAAAGAGCUUCAGUCAAAGUGGACACUAUAAAAUACAUCAGCAAACUCACACAGGGGAUAAAUCCUUUAAAUGUUGGGAGUGUGGAAAGAGCUUCAGUCAAAGUGGACACUAUAAAAUGCAUCAACGAACUCACACAGGGGAGAAACCAUUUAAAUGUAUGGAGUGUGGAAAGAGCUUUGGUCAUAGUGAAACCCUUAAAAUGCAUCAUCGAACUCACACAGGGGAGAAACCAUUUAAAUGUAUGCACUGUGGAAAGAGCUUCAAUAUAAAGGGAAACCUUAAAUUACAUCAACGCACUCACACAGGAGAGAAACCACAUAAAUGUAUAGUGUGUGAAAAGAGCUUCACUUCAACCAAAAAUCUUAGGCUACACCAAAGACAUCACACAGGGGAAAAACCAUUUAAAUGUAUGGAGUGUGGAAAGAGUUUCAGUCAAAGUGGAACCCUUAAAAUGCAUCAUCGAACUCACACAAGGGAGAAACCAUUUAAAUGUAUGGAGUGUGGAAAGAGCUUCGGUCAUAAUGAAACCCUUAAAAUGCAUCAUCGAACUCAUACAGGGGAGAAACCAUUUAAGUGUAUUGAGUGUGGGAAGAGCUUUUGUUAUAGUGUAAGCCUUAGAGUACAUCAACGAACUCACACAGGGGAGAAACCAUUUAAAUGUAUGGAUUGUGGAAAAAGCUUCAGUGAAUGCGGUAAGCUUAGACUACAUCAACGAACUCAUACAGGGGAGAAACCAUUUAAAUGUAUGGAAUGUGGAAAGAGCUUCAGUGAUAAUGGGAACCUCAAAAGCCAUCAGCGAACUCAUACAGGGGAGAAACCAUUUAGAUGUAUGGAAUGUGGAAAGAGAUUCAGUCAAAGCGGACACUAUAAAAUACACCAGCGAACUCACACAGGGGAUAAACCAUUUGAAUGUAUGGAGUGUGGAAAGAAUUUCCGUAAUAAUGGGAACCUCAGAAGCCAUCAGCGAACUCACACAGGGGAGAAGCCAUUUAAAUGUAUGGAGUGUGGAAAGAGCUUCAGUCAAGGUGGACAUUUUAAAAUGCAUCAGCGAACUCAUACAGGGGAGAAACCCUAUAAAUGUAAGGAGUGUGGAAUGAGCUUCAUUAAUAAUCAGUACCUCAGAAGCCAUCAGCGAACUCACACAGGGGAGAAACCAUUUAAAUGUAUGGAGUGUGGAAAGAGCUUCAGUCAAAGUGGAAGCCUUAGAAAGCAUCAGCGAACUCACACAGGGGAACAACCAUUUAAAUGUAUGGAGUGUGGAAAGAGCUUCACUGAGAAUGGAAGCCUCAGAAGCCACCAGCGAACUCAUACAGGGGAGAAACCGUUUAAAUGUUUGGAGUGUGGAAAGAACUUCCGUAAUAAUGGGAACCUCAGAAACCAUCAGCGAACUCAUACAGGGGAGAAGCCAUUUAACUGUAUGGAGUGUGGAAAGAGCUUCGGUCAAAGUGGAACCCUUAGAAUACAUCAGCGUACUCACACAGGGAAGAAAUCGUUUAAAUGAAUUGGGUGUGGAAAGCGCUUCAGUCAGUGGACAUUUUAAAAUACACACGAACUCAUUUAUAGAGAGUUGGAAGAGCUGCAGUGAAUUUGGACAUUUUAAAAUACAUCAGCGAAUACACUCAUGGGAGGAGGAAAUUAAAUGUGUGGGUUGUGUGUGCUAAGAGCUUCCCUAAGAACGUGCAUGCACACGAAAGCUCAUACCUAUGACAAACUUAGUUGGUCUCUAAGGUGCUGCUGGAAGGAAAUUUUUUAUUUUGUUUCGACUACGUCAGACCAACACGGCUAGCUACCUGUAACUAGAACAGUGGAUUCACGCAGGGGAGAAACAAUUUACAUUUAUUGAGUACUAGCUGGCCCGGUCACGCGUUGCUGUGCCUGACUCAGGGUCCUUGUUUCCCGGGAAAGGGUGAGGAUGUGUCCCUUCCCCCUUGGGCUAUGUGCGCCCCCCCAUUGUUGUGCCUCAUCCCUGUGAUACCUCCCAUCCUGUUGCGACCCAUGAGGUAUCCCGUCCCCUCCUCCCCCUACCCCCGGGUCAUCCCUGUGACUCCCCCCACCCUGGCUCAACCCAUGACCUAUCCAGCCCCCACCCAGGGCUCCACUCAGCCUAGUCUGUAAAGUCUGUAGGCCUCGGCUCAGCCUAGUAUGUAAAUGCGAGCCAAGGCCUCCGCCCUGUAUUGCCAUACCUUAGCCCCCACCCUUGGGAAAGGCACUGUGAACUUCUGGGUUCUAUUUCCCAGCAUCCCCGGCUGUCUGAGUUUUGUGUUCGGAAGCAGUGGGUUUUACCUGCUUUCCUGCCAUAGGUGUGACAUCUAUCUACGCAUAUUCGCAUGUGAUGUGUCCAAAUUUGAACGCAAUCGGUCAAGCAGUUUCGGAGAAAAGUGGAGUCUAACCCACAUGCCCAGUUUGCAUUUAUAUAUACUGUAUAUAGAUGAAAAGAACUUCAGUGAGAUUGAAAACCUCUCAAAAGAAUAGUGAACUCGCAUGUGAAUAAACCAUUUUAAUGCAUGGAGUGUGGAAGGAGCUUGAGUUGGAGGGAAGAUCAUAAUAUACAUCAACCAUUAAAUCCAUAGAGUAUAUGUUAUUUUCUGGUGUCUGCAUGUAAAGUUUUACGCAUGUUUUAAAGUAAUGAAGGUAAUGUCUCACAAUAGUAAAUGAAAUAUAAUAGGUCAUGGACUGUUUGAAGUUUGCAGAGAGCGUGAAUCUGCAAUGCUGGUGGGAAUGUUGAUGCUCUUUGAGUCGGCUGAAGUUGGGUCUUCAGUUGAGAGAUUUGGAAAUGUUGGUGUUUUGGGAUUGCUAAUAGAGCAUUGCGGAAAUUAAGAGGGUGAAAGUCAUUAUGCUUUGGAAGCAGGGUUGGUUAAAUUAGUAGUAUACAACCGUAUAAUCGUAUAACACCUACUGUUGUAAUUACACUAAAUGAACAAAUAAGACACAGAAAGAGUGAAACAAUCUUCUUAUGUACAUAAAGUAAUGUUGAAACCCCUGCAUAGUUUUAGGAAUUGAUAGUUGUGCUACAACUCCUCAUUCUUGCUUAUUUGAAGGACUGAAUGUUCAGCUAGAACAUUAUCUCCUGUGGCAGCAGGAAUAAAGGAUUAAAGAAAGAAAGUUUGAGCCCUGGCACCCAGGCCCUCCUCUCUGUGGCUGGGCUGCACCUCUGUACCUCAGGAGAUCUGAGACCGUCACGGUCAGUGACACUCAAGUAGCAGCUUGAAGCAGGCAGUACGAUUGUGGUGGACACGAAUCUCCCUUUCCCAUUGGAUCAUGUGCUGGAGGCUGUUGAUUAACCCAUUUAACAAGCAAACAGUAGAUUUAAUAUAAUUCUGCAUUGAAUGAAAUGUAUGUAUUUUUUGUAAUAUCUGCAACUACUCUCUGUGAUGGAAUCUAACAUAUGUAAUGUAAGAAUUUCUAUGCUAUGUGAACUUCCCGACUCCCAUCCCCUUAUCAUUCUAACAACUGUUUAAAUCAUUUUAGAAAUAGCACCUUUAUGUGACCAACUGUUCUCACCUUGAGUUUUCCAGGCGUAGGAAGCUAUGGGAAUGGUAUGCUAAGGAUUGGCAGACAGACAAAAAGCGAGUGAAACGUUAAUCCUAUGAUUCCAAGACACCUGGACACCCAAGACACCUGUGACCUUGCCUCUCAUGUAUAACUUCUAUGAGCUAAUGCCUGUACAUUUCUAUCAAAGCUAUUUUAAAAAGAACUGCUGGCUUGGAGUCACUGAUGCUAUAGCAACAGCUUAUCUCAAAAUAAACUGGGUCCCUUCCGGACGUUGAGCUUUUCUAUCCCUUUGUUGCCUUUUUCUUUUAGUGUUAUUCCCUCCCCUGGACAUGAACCUUAGAAAAUAUGUACUAGAAGCACUGACAAUCGGGGAACUCUGACCUGCGAGUGCUCCAAUUGGAGAACAGCCUUUAGCAAAGGUGUCAUGGACUUUGAAGGCUCUCAAACUGAUGAUGAAAGGGGGUAGUGUGCUAAGAGGCAGGCACAUUUAGUCAACCCUCACCACAACCAACUCCUGCCUGGAAACCUAUGUCCCCACCAGCAGCGUAGGUAGCCACUACCCGGGGC